ACCCUCGCUGACCGAAUAAGGCCAUGUAGUGUGUGUGGGACCUAUAUAAAAGGUGUGGGCUCGCGGGGACUCUGCACGACGCCGUGGAGAGAAGGCAGCAGGCACCCAGGGCCCACGAAGACGACCAUGGCCAAGGAGUGGGGCUAUGCCAGCCACAAUGGCCCUGACCACUGGCAUGAACUUUACCCAAUUGCCAAGGGAGACAACCAGUCGCCCAUCGAACUGCAUACUAAAGACAUCAAGCAUGACCCUUCCCUGCUGCCAUGGUCAACAUCUUAUGACCCUGGCUCUGCCAAGACCAUCCUCAACAAUGGGAAGACAUGCAGGGUUGUGUUUGAUGAUUCUUAUGAUAGGUCAAUGCUGAGAGGCGGCCCGCUCACGGGACCCUACCGGCUCCGCCAGUUUCACCUCCACUGGGGCUCCUCGGACGACCACGGCUCUGAGCACACUGUGGAUGGAGUCAAGUACGCCGCGGAGCUUCACUUGGUACACUGGAAUCCGAAGUAUAGCAAUUUUGGAGGGGCUCUGAAGCAACCUGAUGGAAUAGCUGUGGUCGGAAUUUUUCUGAAGAUAGGACAUGAGAAAGGAGAGUUCCAGCUGCUCCUUGAUGCACUGGACAAAAUUAAGACAAAGGGCAAGGAGGCGCCCUUCACGAAGUUCGACCCGUCCUGCCUGUUCCCCGCCUGCCGGGACUACUGGACCUACCACGGCUCCUUCACCACUCCGCCCUGCGAGGAGUGCAUCGUGUGGCUCCUGCUGAAGGAGCCCAUCACCGUGAGCUCCGACCAGAUGGCCAAGCUGCGGAGCCUCCUGUCCAGCGCUGAGAAUGAGCCCCCAGUGCCCCUGGUGGGGAACUGGCGUCCUCCGCAGCCUGUCAAGGGUAGGGUGGUGAGAGCUUCCUUCAAAUGAGGCUGCAGGAGCUUGCCCUCCUCAGGAAAGGAGACCUGCCGCCGUUGGAGAGCUUGGUUCCCUGACUCCUUUUGACGCUUCUUACUCCAAGUAUAUUUCAGUUUUCCACACUGAGCAAUGAAUGUGAAAGAUGCUCUCACCAGGAAACCAAAGUUACUUAUGACAAGAUGUAAUGUGAAAGCAUCUGGCCUUUGUAAUAAUUACCUUUCCUAUAAAAGUAGCAUUUCUAGUAAGGUUUCAGAGGAGAAGAAACAGAAGGAGAAGGGUAAUGAUGUAGAAAAAUGGCUAAUGGGCACCAAUUUUCUGUCACCUUUAAUUUCAUAGAACUUCAGUAUUACUGUUUUCAUAUAAUGAAUCUUAAAGAAAUAAUGAGUAAUUCUAUUAAUAACAGAGGUAAAUGAAGAUCAUAUGGCAAGUAAAGAUAAGCCAGAAAUUAAAAUUACUCUAGACACCAAGAAUUGAUAUGGUAUAUUUUAACCCUUCUAUAAAACCAGCAAGAGGUCCAUCAUUCAUUAAGAUUUUAACUUCUGUAAUGAUAACCUGGUUUUGAUUACAAUGAGAAGGAAAACACGUUGGAUCAGUUUUAAAAAUUUGACCUGUAUUUGAAUUUCUUCUUCAAAAAGAUGAUUGACUUUAUCCUAAUACUUUUCCUUACCUGAAGGAGGGCCAUUUAUUUUUAAUUUUACCACUUUUAUCUGUGCAUGCUUAUUAAAAUAAAAACUGCCUCUGACAUCUUUCUAACUUGAGGAUGGAAUUAAUGAUUCUUAGAACAUGCAGGAGUGAAUGACUGCACUUCAGGUAAAAGCAGUUGUACUGAUCAUCAAGACUAAUAAAGACACGAAUACACAAA